AGAAGAUGGACCACCAUGUUAGAUGAUGGACAGGGCAUGAGGAAGGUCCUUGAAGUCAAAGGAAGACUCACAAAAAGGGUUCGGAGUACCACCCUACUGUCCUCACCCCGUGAGUGGGACUGGCACCCCAGCUCCAGGCCUAAGCAGUUCACCAAGCGCAGACCCAAGUCCAUAUACAACCAGCUGCCUCAGGGCCCAGGCAUGGAGGAGCUGAUAUGGGAGCAGUACACUGUGACACUGCAGAAGGAUUCCAAAAAAGGAUUUGGAAUUGCAGUGUCUGGAGGCAGAGACAACCCUCACUUUGAAAAUGGAGAAACAUCAAUCGUCAUUUCCGAUGUGCUCCCAGGGGGACCUGCGGAUGGCCUGCUACAGGAAAAUGACAGGGUGGUCAUGGUCAACGGCACCCCCAUGGAGGAUGUGCUCCAUUCUUUUGCAGUUCAGCAGCUCAGAAAAAGCGGGAAGAUUGCUGCCAUUGUGGUCAAGAGGCCCCGGAAAGUCCAGGUGGCCCCCCUGCAGGGCAGUCCUCCCCUCAGUCAGGAAGACCAGGCUUUUGAGGUGAUGGAGGAAUUUGAUGGCAGAAGUUUCCGCAGUGGGUACAGCGAGAGGAGCCGGCGCAGCAGCCACGAUGGUCUCAGCCGCAGCUGGGAGGACAGCCCCGAGAGGGGGCGUCCGCAACACUGGGAGCGCAAGCAGAAGCGCAGCCGAGGCCGGAGCCUGGAGCGGGGCCUGGACCACGACGACUAUGACCGUGGCCAGGAUCUCAGCCGAGGCCAGAGCCUGGAGCGGGGCCUGGACGACGACGACUAUGACCAUAGUCGCAAUAUUCGUGGCCGGGAUCGCAGCCGUGGCCACAGCAUCGACAGGGACUAUGACAGGGACUACGAGCACACCUAUCAUCAGACCUAUGAGCCUGACUAUGAGUGUGCCUACAUCCCAUCAGAGUACCACCGCAGAGCCCAGCCCGAGACCCGCUAUGAGGGCGCCCGCAGCCGUGAGCCCCGGCACUCCUGCAGCCCGAGCCCCCAGCCCAGGGCCCAGCGAGAGCCCGGCAGCCAGGACAACCCUGACAGGCCCAUCACAGUCCUUCUGACCAAAAGCAAAACAAAUGAAGAGUACGGGCUCCGGCUCGGGAGUCAGAUCUUCAUCAAGGAGAUGACCAGAACCGGUCUAGCAACUAAAGAUGGCAACCUCCACGAGGGGGACAUAAUUCUCAAGAUCAAUGGAACUGUUACUGAGAACAUGUCUUUAACCGAUGCUCGAAAGUUGAUAGAAAAGUCUAGAGGAAAACUUCAGCUCGUGGUGUUGAGAGACAGCAAACAGACGCUCAUCAACAUCCCGUCACUAAAUGACAGCGACUCAGAAAUAGAAGGUAAGAAGAGAGCAGUGCCCUUGGCGGAGAACCAAGCUGGUGCUACUCACAAUGAUAAGGAAGAAGGCAAAUACACACCAAGGUAUACUCUGGUCCACAUUCAACUUUUUUUUAAAUCCAUAGUUCCUCAGCCCAGAGCAGCCCCAAGAACUUUUCUUCGUCCCAGUCCUGAAGAUGAAGCAAUAUAUGGCCCUAACACAAAAAUGGUGAAAUUUAAGAAGGGAGACAGCGUGGGCCUCCGGUUGGCUGGUGGAAAUGAUGUCGGGCUAUUUGUUGCUGACAUUCAGGAGGGUACCUCAGCAGAACAGGAGGGUCUGCAAGAAGGAGACCAAAUUCUGAAGGUGAACACACAGGACUUCAGAGGGCUGGUUCGGGAAGAUGCUGUUCUUUACCUCUUAGAAAUCCCCAAAGGUGAAACCGUGACCAUUUUGGCUCAGAGCCGAGCGGAUGUGUACAGAGACAUCCUGGCUUGUGGCAGGGGAGAUUCGUUUUUCAUAAGAAGCCACUUUGAAUGUGAGAAGGAAACUCCACAGAGUCUGGCCUUCACCAGGGGAGAGGUCUUCCGUGUGGUGGACACACUAUACAAUGGCAAGCUGGGCCACUGGCUGGCUGUGAGGAUUGGAAAUGAACUGGAGAAAGGCUUAAUCCCUAACAAAAGCAGAGCUGAACAAAUGGCCAGUGUCCAGAAUGCACAGAGAGACAACGCUGGGGACAGAGCAGACUUCUGGAGAAUGCGGGGCCAGAGAUCUGGGAUGAAGAAGAACCUCCGGAAGAGCCGGGAAGACCUAACAGCCGCUGUGUCAGUUAGCACCAAAUUCCCAGCUUAUGAAAGGGUUUUGCUGCGGGAAGAAACUGAACCCAAAGACGCAGGAUCUGAGAAAUCAAGUGGAGUAGUUCGAUUGAAUACUGUGAGGCAAAUUAUUGAGCAGGACAAACACGCACUGCUAGAUGUGACUCCCAAAGCUGUGGACCUGCUCAAUUAUACCCAGUGGUUUCCCAUCGUGAUUUUCUUCAACCCAGACUCCAGACAAGGUGUUAAAACCAUAAGGCAGAGGUUAAGUCCAGCUUCUAACAAAAGUUCUCGAAAGUUAUUUGAUCAAGCCAAUAAGCUGAAGAAAACGUGUUCACACCUUUUUACAGCCACAAUCAACUUGAAUUCAGCCAAUGAUAGUUGGUUUGGCAGCUUGAAGGACAGCAUUCAGCAGCAGCAAGGAGAAGCAGUCUGGGUCUCUGAAGGAAAGAUGGAAGGGAUGGAUGAUGACCCUGAAGAUCGUAUGUCCUACUUAACCGCCAUGGGUGCAGACUAUCUGAGUUGUGACAGCCGUCUCAUCAGUGACUUUGAGGACACCGACGGCGAGGGAGGUACCUACACUGACAAUGAGCUGGAUGAGCCGACUGAGGAGCCUCUGGUGUCUUCCAUCACCCGCUCCUCAGAGCCGGUGCAGCAUGAGAGCAUAAGGAAACCCAGCCCAGAGCCACGAGCUCAGAUGAGGAGGGCUGCUAGCAGAGAUCAACUUAGGGACAGUAGCCCACCCCCAGCAUUCAAGCCAGAGCCACCCAAGGCCAAAAAUCAGAACAGAGAAGACUCUUUCUCCAAGUCCCAGGAACAUAAGUCAAACCCCUCCGCCCUGGCUGGUAGUGAGAUCCAGGUGGGGUCUCCCAAAGGGUGUCCUCCCCCUAUUGCAGUGAAACCUACUUUUGGACGAUCCAUCCUGAAGCCCUCCACUCCUGUCCCUGCUCCUGAGAGUGAGGAGGUGGGGGAGAGCACUGAAGAGCAGGAAGAUGCUCCCAAAUCAGUCCUGGGCAGAGUGAAAAUAUUUGAGAAGCUGGACCACAAGGCAAAAUUACAGAGGAUGCAGGAGCUCCAAGAAGCACAGAAUGCCAGGAUUGAAAUCGCUCAGAAGCACCCUGAAAUCUAUGCAGUUCCUAUCAAACCCCCCAAGCCAGAUGCCGGCCUGCCCCAGCACAUGAGUUCUAGGCCCCCUGAGCCUCAGAAAGCAUCUUCCACAGUUAACCAGGAUACCAGAGGAAGCUAUAGCAGUGAUGCUGAGGAGGAAGAAUACCGCCAACAGCUGGUUGCACACUCAAAACGCAGUUACUACAGCCAGCCCUCCCGGUAUCGGGACACAGAGUUGUAGAUAUCUGAGUAUGGACUCUCUGGGACCACCUGCCACUGCAUCAGCCCAACACUCCUGUAAGGCCACCUGGAAGAUCUUCUCCAGUUCAAAUACACUGCAGUGACAUGGUGGGGACCCAGGCAACAGCCAGCACAUGACCAACUCUGUUUGUGGGACCGGGAUAGGGUUCAUUACAGCCUUUUGCUCAGAAUUCAGAGGAACACUACAGUCUGAUACUAUUACUUGCUUUGGUGGACCAAAAAUCUGUAUUAAUCAUCUGUAUUUUUCAUAUGUAUAUUGAGGAGCAAUAACAUUUUCUCAUUCAUAGCUUCCUUCCAGGACUGCUUCAGUGUGAAGCAGAUGUGAAAAGGAGUAAAAAAAAUAUUCUUGUGCACAAACUAAAUUCAAUGAAGUAUUUUAUCACAAUUCUCUAAGUGCCUUUGAUGAGAUGUCUUAAAUUUUCUUCCUCUGAAGCAUUGUGCAAAGAUACAAUGAACUAAAACUUUAUUUUUACUAAAUUUUUAUACUACUUUAGCAGAAAUGGUUUUCCCCACUGUGUCAUCUUUUCAAGGCAUUAUCUUUGUAAUAUUUUCCAUAAAUUCUGCUUGUACAUAGAAUAGCUUCACUUUAUAAUUUGGCUGUAAGUGCUAAAUAGCUCUGAAGCCAAGAGGUUAGUAUAGAAUUUUGUUGUUGUUUGUUUAAAACCAUGUGCUCCACAAAAGCAGAUACUUGAGAAAAAGGUAUUUUAUUUCCAUAAGUGUAUGUCCUGACAGCAGGCAAUUUAAUAAUUUAAUAAAAAGGAGUACAUUGCAGUCA